UUCCGGUAAAAAAAAAAGUCAAUCUCGGAUUUGUCGGCGAAAGCAGAGCCUUUAUGAUUAGAAUACAGAUUAACCGGAUAUUGCCGUCAUUAUUCAUGCAUAAAAAUUCAAUUAUGGAAGCUAAAGUGAUAUGACCAGAAUUUCUACUUCUGCACCAUUUUGACACUAUUUUGAGUGGAGACUUAUGGCUAUGGUUGAUGUCUUUGUUGGUAACUUCACUGUGAUUGACACAGAUUUAUAUGACCUUUGGCUGAGUGGCUAUUCAGCACAAGAUGCAUCUACAGUGCUACAGAAGCGAGGUGUGCUAUACAAUAUGGGGGUCGGUUUCCAGGACUUAGUAUCAGAUACACAGGAUAACUACCGUCUCUUUAUCAACCUGGAAAAACUGCUGAAAGACCCAACUAAAUUAGCAGAACAGCAUCUCUACCAGCUUGAUCCACAGACACAAAAACUCCUAAUAGAAAGAUAUUACAAGUUUGAUGCCCUUGUUGUUAGAGAGGUCCUUGGUAAGAAGCUGUCAUCAAGGAAUAGAAAAGAUCUUGAUGAAGUGUGUGAGAAAACCAGAGUGCCUCUCAGAUCGUGUAGACGUCAGUUUGACAAUCUGAAGAGAGUAUUCAAGACUGUCGAGGACCUGACAGGGUCUCUGGUAGAUAACAUACAGGCACACUAUCUUGUCUCAGAGGUACUCGCAAAGGAAUAUGCUGCCAUUGUAUUCAUAGCCAACAACCGAUUUGAAACAGGAAAGAAGAAACUGUGUCACUUAACUUUCUAUGACUUUGUCCACUGUGCCACCUGUAUGAUAGCUAACUGGUCUUACACUUCUAAAGAUUCUUUAGGACAUGAGGAUAUGGAUGUUGAUCUUGACCGCAGAUUCCUACAGGACCUCCGUGAGUUUAAGAUCCUGCUGGACAAGGAAAGCUUGGAUGAACAUAAAAGUUUGGUUUUAAGUGCAACAAAAGGCACACUUCCAAAGAAAAUACAUCAGGAUUUAGAUGAUAAUUUUAAGAACAUGUCAAAGGCAAUUGUGAAUAUUGCAUAUGGAUUAAAUCACAGCAAAGAAGCUAGAGACAUAUUCAUUGACUUGGUGGAGAAGAUUAUUGAGCCUUGUAUGCAGGGACGUUGGCUGAAGGAUGAGCUGAAUGUUGUUUUAACUGCCUAUAGGGAUGUGUGCCCUCAACUAGAUGUUUUUCGUCAUAGAAACCUGUCAAGACACAAAGUUGUGUGGGAAAGAUACAUGAAUACUCUUACAUCAUGUAUAGUACAGAUCUACCACAGCUGACGAGAACACUUCUUUAUCUUAGAAUGGUGUGGAGGAGAGAGGCUAAACUAUAUCUACUGACAUUCCACAGACUUAUAAUAGACAAGCAUGCCUAAAACAUGGUAGUCACUGCCAAAACAGCAGGUCGGAACUUAUAAUAGGUGUAGGCUAGCAUGCCUAAAACAUGGUAGUCACUGCCAAAACAGCAGGUCGGAACUUAUAAUAGGUGUAGGCUAGCAUGCCUAAAACAUGGUAGUCACUGUCAAAACAGCAGGUCGGAACUUAUAAUAGGUGUAGGCUAGCAUGCCUAAAACAUGGUAGUCACUGUCAAAACAGCAGGUCGGAACUUAUAAUAGGUGUAGGCAAGCAUGCCUAAAACAUGGUAGUCACUGCCAAAACAGCAUGAAAUAGGGAUAUGCUCACUGAAACACAUAAAAAACAUGUCAAACCAACAGUUCCUUUGUGGUCAUUGAGUGUCAGGUUUAAACAAACUGUUUUAGCUUGAGUCAAGGUAAUUCUUACCAAGUCAAGCUCUUAGGAAGGAAAUAUUAACUGAUUUUAUCAUUUGAUGAAUAUGAGAAUAACUGUCUCCACAUGGGCUACAAAAGACUUCCAGUGUUAUAAAGAUAAGGGAAGUUAUCAGUAAAAUAGUCACAUGAAGAGAGAGUUUUGUCCAUUUCAAUAUCCAUAACAACUUUGAGUCUAGUCAUUAUGGUUAUAACAUAACCAGUAUUUGUCUUUACAAGUAUGCUGUAAUAUUGUAUUUGAAAAAGCAGUAGUUUGUGAACAGUUAUUGAUGAUUUCUGUGUUCUCUAGAGCCAUUAUUGUGAGGAGAUAACAUGUAUUUGUGCCAUACACUAGACUGGCCACCAGAUUUUGUACAGAAUUGUCCAGCUAAAUAUCGAUACAAGAUUAUCUCCCCCUAGUUUGAAACUUGGGCUUAUCACGGCAACUAAAAUUAUUAAGCUCAAUUUAAUUUAUAAUUUCAAUAUUCAAGGGACUGGGGGCCAGUUUAACAUUAGUGAGCUUGGUAGAAUUCAGCAGUUAAUGUUUUUUUGUUGUUUUUUUUUUUGGGGGGGG